CCAGCCGCGGGACUGCGGCCUCAGGAGAGUUCGGGCAGUAGCCGGCAAGCAGACAGCAAAGCGGGCCGACGGGUGGGCGCGGCCUGCUCUUUACGAGGAGGAAGGAGGGGGCCCCUUUCCCGGCCCCCAGAAUCUCCCCAGCCCCUGCAGCCUGCCAGGCCGGCGAGGGAGAAGCUGAAAACCCCAGACGCUCUACCCGGUGCCGCCGCCGCCAUGGCUGCCAUGAUGGGUCGGAAGUGAGCCUCAGGGCGACGGCUGCCGGCGCCGGCGCUUGGAGCCCCAGCUCCCCGGCCGUCUUCGCCGGGGAAUCGCGGCGCGCCGACUGCUGACUCUCACGGCCUCGCGACCCCAGGUUCUCAGCCCCGGCCCCCUUUUUCCGAGACUGAGAGGCGGGGAGUGGUUCCCGGCUGCCGGCCCCGGCCGCGAGGAAGAUGGCGGACCCGGCCGAGUGCAACAUCAAAGUGAUGUGUCGCUUCAGACCUCUCAACGAGUCCGAAGUGAACCGCGGCGAUAAGUACAUCGCCAAGUUUCAGGGAGAAGACACGGUCAUGAUAGCGUCCAAGCCUUAUGCAUUUGAUCGGGUGUUCCAGUCAAGCACAUCUCAAGAGCAAGUGUAUAAUGACUGUGCAAAGAAGAUUGUUAAAGAUGUACUUGAGGGAUACAAUGGGACAAUAUUUGCAUAUGGACAAACAUCAUCUGGGAAGACACAUACAAUGGAGGUAAUAAUGUUACAUAAUCUGUACUUUGAUGUAGGAUGCACAGAGCGUUUUGUAUGUAGUCCGGAUGAAGUUAUGGAUACCAUAGAUGAAGGAAAAUCGAACAGACAUGUAGCAGUUACAAAUAUGAAUGAACAUAGCUCUAGGAGUCACAGUAUAUUUCUUAUUAAUGUAAAACAAGAGAACACACAAACGGAGCAAAAGCUGAGUGGAAAACUUUAUCUGGUCGAUUUAGCUGGUAGUGAAAAGGUUAGUAAAACUGGAGCUGAAGGUGCUGUGCUGGAUGAAGCUAAGAACAUCAACAAGUCACUUUCUGCUCUUGGAAAUGUCAUUUCUGCUUUGGCUGAGGGUAGUACAUAUGUUCCAUAUCGAGAUAGUAAAAUGACAAGAAUCCUUCAAGAUUCACUAGGUGGCAACUGUAGAACCACUAUUGUAAUUUGCUGCUCUCCAUCAUCAUACAAUGAGUCUGAAACAAAAUCUACACUUUUAUUUGGUCAAAGGGCCAAAACAAUUAAGAACACAGUUUGUGUCAAUGUAGAGUUAACUGCAGAACAGUGGAAAAAGAAGUAUGAGAAAGAAAAAGAAAAAAAUAAGAUCCUGCGGAACACCAUUCAGUGGCUUGAAAAUGAACUCAACCGAUGGCGUAAUGGGGAGAAAGUGCCUAUUGAUGAACAGUUCGACAAAGAGAAAGCCAACUUGGAAGCUUUUACAGUGGAUAAAGAUAUCACUAUUACCAAUGAUAAACCAGCAACCACAAUUGGAGUUACAGGGAAUUUUACUGAUGCUGAAAAAAGAAAAUGUGAAGAAGAAAUUGCUAAAUUAUACAAACAACUUGAUGACAAGGAUGAAGAAAUUAACCAGCAGAGUCAACUGGUAGAAAAACUGAAGACACAAAUGUUGGAUCAGGAAGAGCUUCUGGCAUCUACCAGAAGGGAUCAAGACAAUAUGCAAGCUGAGCUGAAUCGCCUUCAAGCAGAAAAUGAUGCCUCUAAAGAAGAAGUAAAAGAAGUUUUACAGGCCUUAGAGGAACUUGCUGUGAAUUAUGACCAGAAGUCUCAGGAAGUUGAAGACAAAACUAAGGAGUAUGAAUUGCUUAGUGAUGAACUGAAUCAGAAAUCGGCAACAUUAGCAAGUAUAGAUGCCGAGCUUCAGAAACUUAAGGAAAUGACCAACCACCAGAAAAAACGAGCAGCUGAGAUGAUGGCAUCUUUACUAAAAGACCUUGCAGAAAUAGGAAUUGCUGUGGGAAAUAAUGAUGUAAAGCAACCUGAGGGAACUGGCAUGAUAGAUGAAGAGUUCACUGUUGCAAGGCUCUACAUUAGCAAAAUGAAGUCAGAAGUGAAAACGAUGGUGAAACGUUGCAAACAGUUAGAAAGUACACAAACUGAGAGCAACAAAAAAAUGGAAGAAAAUGAAAAGGAGUUAGCAGCGUGUCAGCUUCGUAUCUCUCAACAUGAAGCCAAAAUCAAGUCAUUGACUGAAUACCUUCAGAAUGUGGAGCAAAAGAAAAGACAGCUGGAGGAAUCUGUCGAUUCCCUCAGUGAAGAGCUAGUCCAGCUUCGAGCACAAGAAAAGGUGCAUGAAAUGGAAAAGGAACACUUAAAUAAGGUGCAGACUGCAAAUGAAGUUAAGCAAGCUGUUGAACAACAGAUCCAGAGCCACAGAGAAACUCAUCAAAAACAAAUCAGUAGUUUGAGAGAUGAAGUAGAGGCAAAAGAAAAACUUAUUACUGAUCUUCAAGACCAAAACCAGAAAAUGAUGUUAGAGCAGGAGCGUCUAAGAGUAGAACAUGAGAAGUUGAAAGCUACAGAUCAGGAAAAGAGUAGAAAACUACAUGAACUUACGGUCAUGCAAGAUAGACGAGAACAAGCAAGACAGGACUUGAAAGGUUUGGAAGAGACAGUGGCAAAAGAACUUCAGACUUUACACAACUUGCGCAAGCUCUUUGUUCAGGACCUGGCUACCAGAGUUAAAAAGAGUGCCGAGAUUGAUUCUGAUGAUACUGGAGGCAGUGCUGCUCAGAAGCAAAAAAUCUCCUUUCUUGAAAAUAAUCUUGAACAACUCACUAAAGUGCACAAACAGGUAAUAAAGAGUAUAUUUUGUGAUAGCUGCAACAUUAAUCGUAAGCAAGACGAGUCGUCACAGUGCAGUGCAGGCUCAGCUGUGACCGGCGUGUCGUCGUCACAGCAACGUACACCUGCGUUACUAACCCGCGAGGCGGCCUCGUGGGAGGCAGGCUGCAGGGCGCGGCGACGCUCCGCGCCGGACCUGGAGGCGACAACAGUGAAAGCGGCUCUUCGGUGGGCCGUGGAGAGGCGAGGCGGGACAGGACCGCCGGGCUUUGAGAGGACUGGGCCCACGGAGAUCCACCUGACAGAGCUGGGACACUGCCGCGGAGCGUUAAACAGAACUCUCACAGCAGAGGACGCCUGGAGACCAUUUCCGGGAGGCCGAUGCUUGGUUUCUAAGGAGCGUGGAGGUCUGGAUCCCUGUGCCUGGCCUCAAAGUCCCUCCCCGCCCCCGCCGCGCACUCCCUACGGCUACGCUCACUCUGAUACCCGACAGCAGCUCCACUGCGAACUUCGCAGCCAGCGACCCUCCACCGUGCCGUCCAAGGCCGCAGUCACUGCACGCAGCCGGAAUGGCCGCACCUCUGCGGCGUCCAGUUCGAGGUCCCUGCUGCGCACUCCGCUGCUGUUCCCUCACGGACUCUUCCGUUCACCCUUGGACACCGACGCUCCGCUGCUCUUCCGGCAGUCGUGCUUUCCCGCGGGCACGCGCGCUUGCGGUUUUACCUUAACUUUCACCCACAUGCUGAUGAGCAGAGAUGAAAAAUAA